GCGCUCGGAUGCUUCAAUCUAUCAGAGUGGGAACUCUGCUGCUGAUGUGUUAGAUCCUGGCGGAGUUUGAGUUUUGAAACCCGCGUUGCCUUGAAAUCACACAAAGAAGUGAUGAAAAUAUAAGAUUUCGAACUUCGGAAGACGUAAUUGUUUCGUAUUGAAAAAUUGCAUUGAGGGGAGAGCGUAUGGGACGACUUUAAAGCACUUUGGGGCAAGUCCAUUAACGUUUUAAAUGGCACAUGGGUAAUUUCAAGGGACAUGCACUCCCUGGAAGUUUUUUCCUCCUAUUUGGCAUCUGGUGGUCAGUGAAAUAUCCGAUGCGGUACCUCUGCAAAAAGAAUAAGAAUGUUUGUUAUGUCGCAUCAAUGUCGGUUCAUCGGCGAAUAGACAUAAUUGAGGGAAUUGUGAAAGCUAUCUUUGCACUGAUAGGUAUGCUGUCUGAGCAAUUUAUCACUGGUGGACCUGGCUUGCAGCUGUACAACAAUGAGGAAAACGAUUGGAAUCAUCUGUCCAAUUGGCAACAUUCAACUAUGUAUUUCUUCUAUGGUCUCUCGGGUAUGGUGGACAUUAUUGUCCAUACAAUACCUGCAAUACCAAUGGCCUUGGAUAGACUCAUGCUUGCUAUUGCAGUCUUCGCUGAAGGUUUCUUAUUUUAUUAUCAUGUGCAUGGCCGUGAAAUGCUUGACGUUCAUGUCCAUACUCUCUUGUUGGUGGCUGUGUUUGGUGGCUCCAUCAGCAUCUUUCUUGAAGUCUUUCUCCGUGGGAAUAUAGUACUGGAGCUUUUUAGGACAAGCUUGUGUAUACUGCAGGGCAGCUGGUUCUGGCAGAUUGGGUUUAUUCUAUAUCCUCCUAAUGGAAGAUCUCAAUGGGAACUAGAUAGUCAUGAUAAUAUGAUGUUUGUGACCAUGUGCUACUGUUGGCAUUAUAUGGUUGCGCUUCUCAUUAUGGCUAUCAGCUAUGCAAUUGUCAGUUGGGUAAUUCAUACAAAGUUAAAACGAAUUGAUCCUCUGGAAAUGGGACUGUUGAAAUCAUCUGAUCAAGCCCAAGAGACUGAAGAAGAAAUGUAGCCAGAUAAAUAUUGUUAUUUGCUGCUACCGUGCCUUCUUUAUUACUCGAAUACACCUUUAGAAAAAGCCUUUGGUAAUUUUUAGUUGACAUCUUUCCUAUGGGGAAACCUGUGUCUAUGAUGAAAUGCUUUACGCAUGGAAAGGGACUGUAUUAUCUGUACUUUCCUGCAUUAUUCAUAACCUUUGACAAGUUUGGUAACCAUGCGUGGCAUUGUGCAAUUUUUGCAAUAAUCAGAACUUAAUACCGUGUUCUAUUCUUCGAAGAGUAUGGAAGAGAGGAGAAAUCUAUCUUUUUAUUAGAAUCUAAUUUUUUCUGCUUCGUUUCCCGCAAAAUGACCAAAAUUAGAAUACAAAUUUAGGUGAUUUGUAAAUGUUGGCUGGCUGUGUGAGAGAAUAAAUGUCUAAUUAUAAUCUUAGUCAUUUCCAAAAAUGUCCCUGCAGGGUAGAUUCUAUUUUUUAGAAAAUAAGUAACCUGAAGGCAUAUCUAAGAAGUUUUGAUACUUUUCAUGAAUAUCGAAGGUUUAUCCUUUCUGAAUACCAACAUAUGCUCUAUGCAAGGGCAAUUCAUCUUGGCCUGCCCUCCAUUUUAAAAUAGAUUAUCAAUAAUAAAUAAUACCUCAUGUGAAUGGGCCAAUGGCUUGACUUUUGGUUGGCAAGGUUCAAUUUAGAAAAGUUCAAUAGUUUUAUGAAGGUGUACAAAAUAUAAAAAUGUAAAAAAUUACAUUGACAUUUUUAAUAAAGGUCAGUGGGAUGGAAUUGGUUUGUGCCAUUAUAUGAAACUGGCUCAUAGAGAACCAGAAAUCAGUUUUGCAUUGAUUUGACAAGAAUGUGGCUCCACUUCAUGUUCCAGUCAAAGAUAAAAUUGUAACCCAUUCCCUAGUGCUACCCACCAUCAUAUGCCUAAGGUAUCUGCAGCAACAUCAUAGCAAAAAUUCUGCUGGAGUUGUGCAAUGAUAAAUGUGUCGGGUUUUUCAUUUAUCGAAAGGUCACGUACUUUAUUCAUAUUUAUGUUUUUUUCAAUUAUAUAAACCUUGCAAAUCAAGAUAAAAUAAUCAAGUCUAAGCUCUACUUGAUAAAUUAUUGGUGCCAUGUGUCUCCUGGGGUAUUUUUGAAUUUGUCCGCCACAACUACACUUGGUUCAGAAUAUUAGUGAAGCUUCCAACAAUUUGAUGCUUAGGUGAUGGUAC